AUGUCAAACUUUGAAAUUCUUCCUAAUGAACUUUUAUUUGAUAUAUUUAAAUAUUUGACUUCAUUCGAGUUAUAUCAUACAUUUUAUAAUUUAAACUAUCGAUUUAAUUCUCUAUUCAAAUAUAUUGAUCAACAUUUUGAUUUAACAACAGAAUAUUUAUCUUAUUUAAAAUUUAAAUAUUAUUGUCAAAAUAUUAUUCCAUUAUCAAUUAAUCAAAUAUGUUCAUUAAAAUUAUCAAAUGAAAAUACAAUUGAUGCAAUAAAAUUAUUUUAUUCAAUAUUUAAUUUUGAAAAAUUAUUAAAACUUAAAACAUUAAUAUUAAUUAAACCAAAUUCAAUAGAUUUAAAAUAUAUUAUACCAAAAUUAUUAUAUAUUAAAAAAUUAUCAAUUAUAUCGGGAGAUUUUUUUACAAAUGAUAAUAUUGAAAGAGAAUUAUUAUUAAAAUUAAUAUUUAAUCUUAAAACAUUAAAAAUUUGUCAUUUACCAGAAAUUCAGUUAAAUGAUUUAGAUAAACUUAAUAAAAGUACUAUUGAAAAUUUAACAAUUGAUCUUUGUACAAUAAAUACAUUAAAUCGACUCUUUUAUUUAUUACCUAAUAUUAAACAAUUAAUGGUUAAUAUAUCAUGUUAUAAAACAGAUUCAUUAAUAUCUUAUAAUGAUAGUUUAUUAUUACUUGUACCAAAAUUAAUUUAUCUUAAAUUAAAUAUAUUUUCUCUUGAUUUUUUAUAUAUUGAACAAUUAUUAAUUAAUUUACCACAAUUAAAAAAAUUAUCAUUUAAAUUUUCUUAUUCAUUUGAUUUUCAUCAAGUAACUGAAUAUAUUGAUGCUCAACGUUGGAAUAAAAUAUUUUCAUUAUUACCAAAUUUAAUAAAAAUUGAUUUUAUUUUACAUGUUUAUAUUAGUCCAAUAUUUGAUGAUGAAACAUUACGUUUAGAUUGGAUGACAAAACAUAAAUUAUCAAUUAUAUUUGAACAUUAUAAAAAUAAUGCUUAUGUUAAUUUUCUUAAUGUUUAUACUGUACCAUUAAAACAGACAACAAUUAAUUUAUAUACAAAUUUAAUUAGUAAAAUAAAUAUAAAUUUACCAAUAAAUUAUCAUCCAAAUGUAAAAAAAAUUAUUUUAACAAUUAAUGGUGAUUUAGAUGAAGAAUUAAAUAAAAUUUUUAUAAAAGAUAAUAAUUAUUAUAAAAAUGUUAAUUCAUUAAUUAUAAAUGCUCAUAUUUAUCCAUUUCAAUCAUCUAAUUUAAUUAUUUUUUUAAAUAGUAAAAUUAAUUGGUUAAAACUUGAAUAUUUACAACUUAUAGGACGAUAUUGUACAUUUGAAUUAUUAAUAAAAUUUAUUGAAUAUGCACCAAAUAUUCAUUCUUUAACAUUAUAUUCAUCAUUUGAACUAUAUCAAUAUGGAAAAAUUCAACAAAUUCGUACUAUACAUUUAGCUCAUCAAUCAUAUGAAAAUUUAUUAACAAUUGAAAAUAUUAUUAAUACAUAUCCUAAUUUAGAAUCAUUUAUUGGUUCUAUAGAAAAAUUUCAUGAUUUUAAACGUGCAAUAAAAUUACUUAUGAAAAAUUUACCAAAACUUCUCUAUUUACAAUUGAAAAUAGUGGAUAAAAAUUUUACGGAGAAAAAAUUAACACGUUGGCUAAAAAAUAAACAAAAAAAAUUAUUUUCAAAUUCAUAUUAUCAACAAAAAUUAAAUACACUCAAUGUUUGGAAAUAG